AUGACGUGUUAUUAUGGUUUUCUCGAACGUACGAGGCGCACAGAGUCAUGGGAUCUCUUGAGAACGUUGUCUGUCAAAUCAAAUCUUCUGUGGAUUGUUGUUGGGGAUUUUAACGAUUUGCUAUAUCAGUAUGAGAAGAAAGGGGGGAAUCCGCAUCCGAAUAGCCUCCUACACGGUUUUGGGGAUGCUAUUGAGGACUGUGGGCUUGCUCAGAUGCCUAUGGAUGGAUAUCCGUAUACUUGGGAUAAGGGGAAGGGGACAGUGAAAUGGCUUGAGGAAAGGCUCGACAAGGUAUUAGUAACAGAGGAAUGGCGCAACAUGGUUGCAAGGGCCAGGGUGUCAAAUUUGAGAACCCGAAAAUCUGAACAUUCGGCUCUCUUUCUAGGAAUUCAUGAGUCCUUAGGGAGGAAUGGGCCUGGCAAGAGGGGAUUUCGGUUUGAGUUGGCAUGGUUGUAUGAUGAGGGGUGUAGGGAUGUGGUCGAGCAGUCAUGGCAGGAAGGACAGGGGCAGGGUUUGCAAAGCUGUAUUGAAUACUGCGGGAGUCGGUUAACACGAUGGGGUGGAGACCGGUACCACAAGUAUGGCAAGCAGAUUAAUGACCUAAAAAGGACCAGCAACGGUUGA